GCUCAGUUCAGCAAAUGUCAUAGGGUAAGGUUAAGUUUAUGUUUAUUUUAUUCCAAAUUUCAGUUAGGGAUGAAAAUUAGAUUCGUGUAAGGUGUUUGUAAUAUUAACUGCUAGAAAAUAAAUAUUUAAGUAAACCUAAACCAUGGGUAAUGCUGGUAGUGGACCUGGUCGAGACAGACAAAAACCUGGGGAACCUAGUGCUCCUCACUCACCAAGCAAAGAAGAACAAGCUUUUGUAUUUGACAAAAAACCAAAUAAUAAACUAGUAUUUCAGUCAUCCCAUGAUGAAGAGGAACCGUAUUUUACCAAAGGACGUGAUGCUUCGGAUAAUGAAAUUGGAGCUCCUAGGAAAAGGGCUGCUACUCUUUCUGAAGGAUCCAAAAUCCCAACAGGAAUUGAUGAUACAGUUUUACCAACAGUGUUCAAAUGGGAAGGAGGAGGGAAAAAUGUGAUGAUAAGUGGAACUUUUUCUGAUUGGUUGCCUCUACCCAUGGUGAAAAGCCAUGGAGACUUUGUGACAAUAAUUGAUUUACCUGAAGGCGAACAUCAGUACAAAUUUUAUGUGGAUGGAGACUGGAAAUAUGAUCCUGGCGCGAGAAUCACCGACAAUGGGAUGGGCUCUAAGAACAACCUUGUCACGGUGAAACGGAGCGACUUUGAAGUGUUCCAAGCGCUUGCCAUGGACAGUGAGAGUGCCUCAGACAGACAACAGAGAGAAUAUUCACAAGAGAUUCCAACAAACAGACCGUGGGAGAAGCCGUCGGGACCACCGAUCCUGCCUCCUCACCUACUGCAAGUCAUCCUCAACAAGGACACUCCAUUGUCGUGUGAGCCAACCCUACUUCCAGAGCCGAACCAUGUAAUGUUGAACCAUCUGUACGCUCUGUCCAUCAAAGAUGGCGUAAUGGUAUUGAGUGCGACACAUCGCUACCGCAAGAAAUACGUCACCACUCUGUUGUACAAACCUAUCUAAAGUGGAUAUUGUUACCAUUACACAGGUCUAUGGGCCUUGCUCGUCUAAAGGGUCAAUUCAAAGUUGUAUUUGAGGAUGUUAAAGCUUGGUUUAGGCCUACACAGUUAGAUGGGUUGAUGUGGCCAAGUUAACGUUCUACUGUCCUUGUUUUACAAUUCAUCAUAGUCAUUCAUAGUCUUCAUUCAAAUUCAUUUCUUCAUUCAUUCAUAGUCUUCAUUCAUUUCAUAGCAAUUCAUAGUCUUUGAUGUUUUUAAAGUGCUUGGAUGAGAAUUUUUCAUUCCUCUACACUAUGAACCUACAAAAUUGCAUGGUUGGGGAAGCCAGAGUUCAGAAUCAACUUCACUGACUGUCUGGCUCGACUUAAACUUGCGCUUCACAUAUUGAUAGCCAAGAAAUAACCUGCCCAUUAACUUCACACAAGUAAAACAGCCUUAAUGCAGACAUUUUUCAGUAAUUCUACAACUUUCUAUUGGAAAUUUUUAAUGUUUUUUAUAAUUUAUCAAAAUUGGCAUUCGCCCCAAGAAACAUUAACCAGUUAUAAAAUCCUCUAAUACUUAUUUUCACUCUCGUUAUAUUUUUGAUGUUUUUAUUGUAAAUAACUGCUUGAUAUUAAUUUAAGUUCUAGAAAGUCAUAACUUUGGAUUGUUUGUUUGGCAAAUAUUUUGUAUAGACGUUAACUUAGGGUUAGUUGCUUUCUACUGACUAGUGGGUGCAGCAUUUGCGAUGCAAGGUGAUAUUUGGAUAAGAAAUUGUGGUAGGAUCAAGACUAGUUCUCACUUGAAAUGCUUCAAAUGCAUAACAUUGGGUUUCACACCAUUGGACACAUUAUUGGUUACAGGUUGAAAACUCAACUAAUACAAUGUAUUGUGCAAACUUCUCUAUUUUUACCCCACGCUGUAAAUAAAUAUGUAUUUGAAUUU